AUGAUCACGCAGUCAGAAAACACCCACUUCCGGGUGAUCCCCAGUGAGGACAGCCUCCUGAGUGAGGUUGAGAAGGACGCUUCCAUGGGGGAGACGGUCUGCACCAUCGUGAAGCCCAAGCCGCGAGCCCCAGGGAAGCAGCAUGGCGGGGCAGCCUCGGCAGCCGGCCCUCGGGAGCCCCCCGUGGGGUUGGAUGCCCCCCGCCUGCCUCCCUCACCCCACUUCGUGGAGGCCCCCUCAGAAGCCCAACCAGCUGCUAAGGUCAACUCACCCUCCAAGAAGAGAGGUGUCCACAAGAGAAGCCAGCACCAGGGGCCUGAUGAUAUUUACCUGGAUGACCUGAAGGCACUGGAACCUGAGGUUGCAGCUCUCUAUUUCCCCAAAAGCGAGUCGGAGCCCAGCUCCCGGCAGUGGCCCGAGUCUGACACGCUGUCCGGCUCCCAGUCCCCCCAGUCGGUGGGCAGUGCGGCGGCCAACAGCGGCACCGAGUGCCUCUCGGACUCCGCCAUGGACCUGCCCGACGUCACCCUGUCGCUCUGCGGCGGCCUCAGCGAGAACGGAGAGAUCUCCAAAGAGAAAUUUAUGGAGCACAUCAUUACGUACCAUGAAUUCGCAGAAAAUCCUGGACUCAUAGACAAUCCCAGCCUUGUGAUACGGAUAUAUAACCGUUACUACAGCUGGGCGUUGGCGGCCCCCAUGGUCCUCAGCCUUCAGGUCUUCCAGAAGAGCCUGCCCAAGGCCACAGUCGAGUCCUGGGUCAAAGAUAAGAUGCCAAAGAAAUCUGGCUGCUGGUGGUUCUGGCAUAAGAGGGAGAGCAUAACCAAGCAGCUGCCAGAGGCCAAGGAAGGGGAAGUGGAGGUCCCACCGCCCAGUGACCGGCCAUCAAGCACAAAGGAGCCAGCCAGCGGCAGGUCGGCUGAGGAUGACUCAUCGAGUGAGGAAGGGUCCCAGGAACUGGAAGAGUCCAUCAAGGUGGACUCCGCCCCCACAGAACCCCCAAGCCAUAGUGGCACAACCUCCUAUAAGAAGUCUCUUCAUCUGUCCUCAGACCAGAUCGCGAAACUGAACCUCCAAGAUGGCCCAAACGACGUCGUGUUUAGUAUCACAACCCAGUAUCAAGGCACCUGUCGCUGUGCCGGGACCAUUUACCUGUGGAACUGGAACGACAAGGUCAUCGUUUCCGACACUGACGGGACGAUAACCAAGUCUGACGCUCUGGGACAGAUUCUUCCGCAGCUGGGCAAAGACUGGCCGCACCAGGGUGUCGCGAAGCUCUACCGCUCCAUCAACAAGAAUGGCCACAAGUUUCUGUACUGCUCGGCCCACGCCAUCGGCAUGGCCGACAUGACCCGCGGCCACCUGCACUGGGUCAACGACAAGGGCACCAUCCUGCCCUGCGGCCCCCUCAUGCUGUCCCCCAGCAGCCUGUUUUCUGCCUUCCACAGGGAAGUAAUAGAAAAGAAGCCGGAGAAGUUCAAGAUUGAGUGUCUGACUGACAUCAAGAAUCUCUUUGCCCCAGCUCAGCAGCCCUUCUACGCUGCCUUAGGGAACCGCCCAAAUGACGUCUAUGCUUACAGACAAGUGGGUGUCCCAGACUGCAGGAUCUUCACCGUGAACCCCAAGGGCGAGCUGAUACAAGAAAGGACCAAAGGAAACAAAUCCUUGUUCCACAGGCUGAGCGAGCUCGUGGAACAUGUGUUCCCGCUUCUCAACAAGGAACAGAAUUCCUCCUUCCCAUGCCCGGAGUUCAGCUCCUUCUGCUACUGGCGAGAGCGGAUCCCCGAGGUGGACCUGGAGGACCUGGUCUGA